AUGGUUUUAGGCGCGGUCUCCGCCAUGGCGGCAAACCAAGCCGAGCGGUUAAAGGAAGACGGUAACAGUUGCUUUAAGAAAGAGCGUUUUGGUGCGGCUAUUGAUGCUUAUACCGAGGCGAUAACCUUGUCUCCAAAGAUUCCUGUGUAUUGGACAAACCGAGCUCUUUGCCACAUGAAGCGAAAAGAUUGGACUAGAGUCGAAGAGGAUUGUCGCAAAGCUAUUCAGCUUGACCACAAUUCCGUCAAGGCCCACUACAUGCUAGGACUUGCAUUAUUGCAGAGCAAAGAAUAUGCUAAUGGAGUUAAAGAGUUGCAAAGGGCUUUAGAUCUUGGAAGAGGCGCAAAUCCAACGGGAUAUAUGGUAGAAGAAAUAUGGGAAGAGCUUGCUAAAGCAAAAUACAUGGAGUGGGAACUGGCUUCUGCGAGGCGGUCGUGGGAAUUGAAUAGUUUAAAGGAAACUUGUGAGGCAGCUCUUAAUCAACAACGUGCUUUGGAUAUGUCUCGAACAGAAGAGUCUUCAGAAGAAGCUUAUGCUUCCCAUACUGAGCAAUUGAAAGCCCUUGAUCGAGUGUUUGAGAGAGCUGCAGAAGACGACAAACCAACUGAGGUGCCAGAUUAUCUGUGUUGCAACAUUACUCUGGAGAUAUUCCGAGAUCCUGUGAUUUCACCAAGUGGAGUUACAUAUGAGAGAGCAGCAAUCCUUGAACAUCUUAAGAAGGUGGGGAAGUUUGAUCCAAUAACGCGUGAGAAAAUGGAUCCGUCGAAGCUGGUUCCAAAUCUGGCAAUCAAAGAGGCAGUGGCUGCUUAUCUAGAGAAACACGUCUGGGCUUACAAAGCGGGUUCUUGA